CCUGCUUGCUUCGUUCCAACGCAUCAAUCAAUUCAAUAUUUCUUCACUUGAGUCUUUGUGCCUGAAAACCCUCUUCUUCCCCUGACUUCCGAAUUCGGCAAUUUUUCUUUCAUCUCCCAAAUUCUUCCGCUUCGAGCUGCCUAGACUUUUCAGUCUUCAUAAGGAAACGUUUGUUGGGUUCCUUGGAUUUGAUGGAUACCAAUAAUUGGAGGCCUCCUCAAGUUGGAGAGGCCCCCAUGGAUGCAGGCGAUUGGAGGAGUCAACUGCAGCCGGAUUCAAGGCAAAGAAUUGUAAACAAGAUAAUGGAUACAUUGAAGAGGCAUCUCCCUUUCUCUGGUCAUGAGGGAUUACAGGAGCUCAAGAAAAUUGCUGUAAGGUUUGAGGAAAAGAUUUAUACUGCUGCCACAAGCCAGUCAGAUUACCUACGGAAGAUUAGUCUGAAGAUGCUAACAAUGGAGACCAAGUCUCAGAACACAAUGCCCAAUUCUUUAGAAUCCAACUCUGCUGGUAAUAGUAACAGGCCCCCUGAUCCAGGGUCUUUUGGUAUGCAACCCCAAGUCCCCAAUCAAGGGCAAUCACUCUCUGUGCCGUUGCCAGCUAAUCAACCUCAGCCACAUCAACAACUCUUAUCACAGAACAUUCAGAAUAACAUUCCAGCUGCUGGAGUUCAAAGUUCUGCUGGCUUAUCAUCUGCUCUACCUCCUUCAUCCGGUUUAACCCAGACUCCUAUUCCAAGUAUUGUUGGGCAAAAUCAAAUCAUGCAGAAUAUGGGCCAGGGGGUACCCUCCAAUAUGUUUGCUACUUCUCAAAGGCAAUUGCCAGGAAGGCAACAGGUAGUUCCACAACAGCAGCAGCAGCAGCAGCAAUCCCAGAAUUCCCAGCAGUAUAUGUACCAUCAACAGUUGCAACAUCCGCUUUUGAAGCCCAAAUAUCAGCAGGGAAAUAUCCCACAACUUGUCCAACAACAGCAACAGCAGCCGAACCUAUUACAACCAACUCAGUUGCAGUCUUCUCAGCAACCUGUUAUGCAAACAUCAUCUGUUAUUCAACCUGCUGUGGUGCAAUCAUCUCUCUCUAGUCUUCAGCUGAAUCAACAAUCUGCAAUUCAACAGUCAACACCAUCUAUGCUUCAGCAGCAUCCACAGUCAGUUCUCAGACAGCCUCAACAACAACGGGCCUCUGUUGUUCACCAACAGCAAACAUCCCAACAGCCAAUAUUUCCCCCACAGCAGCAGCAACAGCAGCAGCUUAUGGUGCAACAGUCAAAUGCUACGAGCUUGUCGCAGAAUCAGCUAAUCAGACAACAAAACAAUGUUGGGGAUAUGCAGCAGCAACAGCAACAACAGAGGUUACUGAGCCAGCAGAAUAACAUUUUAAACCUUCAACAACAGCAGCAGCAGUUUAUGGCUCAGCAAAGCAACCUUUCAAAUAUGCAUCAGCCACAGUUGGGCCCUCAGAGUAAUGUUACUGGGUUACAGCAACAGCAGCACCUUGGAACUCAAAGUGGUAACUCAAGCAUGCAAACUAAUCAGCACUCUGUACACUUGUUGCAACAAACCAAGGUUCAAGGGCAGCAACAACAACAUCAGAGUUCAUCUAACUUGUUACCCACUCAAAGACAGCAAUCACAGCCUACACAGAUGCAGCAAUUGGGUUUGCAACAGCAGUCAAAUCCACUGCAACGAGAUAUGCAGCAAAGACUUCAAGCCUCAGGUCAGGUUCCUGGAACCAUGCUGCAACCACAAAGUGUAAUGGAUCAGCAAAAGCAGUUAUAUCAAUCUCAAAGACCCCUUCCUGAGACAUCAUCGACAUCUCUAGAUUCCACUGCCCAGACUGGACAUGCAACUGGGGGUGAUUGGCAAGAGGAGGUCUUUCAAAAAAUCAAACUCAUGAAGGAGAUGUACUUACCCGAAAGUGAAAAAAUUGCUACUAAACUUCUGCAGGACCAUGUUGGAGCGCCUCAUAUCAGUCUUACAGAUUUCCAAAAGUAGCAUUUCACCCGGUUU